AUGCCGCGCACCUAUGAAGAAGAGCUAAAAUAUAUCGAACGAAUUAAUAGCCACUGCUGGCGUAUAAAAAAAGGUUUUGUACCGAAUAUGAAUGUUGAAGGUGUUUUCUAUGUUAACAAUCAUUUGGAGAAAUUGAUGUUUGAAGAACUUGAAACUGCAUCGAAAUUCGGUGGUAUAGGUGGUUUUCUUCCCGGUAUGAAACAAAUCGCUAAUGUUGCAGCAUUACCUGGUAUCGUUGGCAAAUCGGUUGGUUUACCUGAUGUACAUUCUGGUUAUGGUUUUGCCAUUGGUAAUAUGGCUGCAUUCGAUUACAAUGAUCCGAAAGCAAUCGUGUCGCCUGGUGGUGUUGGUUUUGAUAUCAAUUGCGGUGUUCGUCUUCUUCGAACGAAUCUUACUGAGAAGGAUGUUCAACCGAUGAAAGAACAACUAGCACAAUCUAUGUUUGAUCAUAUACCUGUCGGUGUUGGUUCAAAAGGUGUGAUACCAAUGAAUGCCAAGGAUCUUGAAGAAGCACUAGAGAUGGGUAUGGAUUGGUCAUUACGUGAAGGUUACUCGUGGGCAGAAGAUAAGGAGCAUUGUGAAGAAUAUGGAAGGAUGUUACAAGCGGAUCCAACGAAAGUUUCACAACGAGCUAAGAAACGUGGUUUACCACAGUUAGGAACACUAGGAGCUGGUAAUCAUUAUGCUGAGAUUCAAGUUGUUGACGAAAUCUACGAUCGAUUUGCUGCUGGUAAAAUGGGUAUUGAUUUUAAAGGGCAAGUAUGUGUAAUGAUUCAUUGUGGAAGUCGUGGUCUUGGCCAUCAAGUAGCUACCGAUGCUCUUGUGGCUAUGGAAAAAGCCAUGAAGCGUGAUCAAAUUCAAACUAAUGAUCGGCAACUUGCUUGUGCUCUGAUUCAAUCUCCUGAAGGACAAGAUUAUCUUAAAGGAAUGUGUGCAGCUGCAAAUUAUGCAUGGGUCAAUCGUUCUUCCAUGACUUUUCUCGCUCGACAAGCUUUCGCUCGAUGUUUUAAUUCAACACCUGAUGAUCUCGAUAUGCAUUUAAUCUAUGAUGUUUCACAUAAUAUAGCUAAAGUUGAAGAACACAUCAUCGAUGGUAGACAAAAAACUCUGUUAGUACAUCGAAAGGGUGCAACACGAGCUUUCCCUCCCCAUCAUCCACUUAUUCCAGUCGAUUAUCAGAUAACCGGGCAGCCUGUUCUGAUCGGAGGUACCAUGGGCACGUGUAGUUAUGUUCUUACUGGUACUGAACAGGGUAUGCAAGAAACAUUUGGUUCGACUUGCCAUGGUGCUGGUCGAGCACUAUCUCGUGCUAAAUCUCGACGAAAUCUUAACUGGUACGAAGUUUUGGACGAAUUAAAAGAAAAGGGUAUCGCCAUUCGUGUUGCAUCGCCAAAACUCGUACAAGAAGAGGCGCCUGAUUCAUAUAAAAACGUAACCGAUGUCGUUGAAACAUGUCACGCAGCUGGUAUUAGUAAAUUAUGUGUUAAAUUGAGACCGGUGGCAGUCAUUAAGGGUUAA